GUUGUUUGAGCGCUACGAUCAAAUGAGCGGGCGGAGGGAGGAGUUGGGUGGCUCGUCAACACUGUUCCAUGGAUGAUGGAGGACGGUGAUGAGGUAGGCGGCGGCUCGAGAGUUCUUCGACCCGCAAAAUCAUCGUAGCUGGAAGCAGCAUUUAUGCUAACAAUUGAAUGUUGAAACACUUCUUUGGAAUUGCUGGACCAACAAGCAGAGUUUGACCGUCUUCUUGAGAUAGAAUCUGACAUUACACCCGACCAUCACCACCAAAGCAGAUCUCACGAUCACGCCAAUCAAGAUAGACACUUGGCAUUGUGACGCACCAACUGAAUGAAGCUGCAAAUCCGGUGUACCUUCACAGCAGAGCACGACAGCAAGACAUGGAGAUGCAACAUGGAGCUAAGCAUCUGCCACCACAACAGCUCCAACAACCCAUUCCCCGACCUGCUGUGACACGUUACCGCAGACAGGACGACAAUGAGGCCCGGAUCAGAGCCCAACAGCAGAGACGCAAACAGAGGCAAGAGAGAGAGGCAGAGAUAGCACAACUGCACCACCAGGAAAAGCAACACAGAGAUAUGAUCCGAGAAGAUGACCGAGAGAGGGACGAUUCAGCGUUGGCCCGCUCUGCAAGCACAGAGAGCGGUUUUCACACCCAUACGGACCGAGCCGAGGGGGAUGACAGCCUGGUCAUGAUGUCACUGGAGCCCGGGGUAGAGGACAAGACAAGUAACUACGGAGUUCAGCUCCGCGCCGAGGCAGAGGGAUACAUUGAGAGUGCUGAAUCUGAACGACAACUUCUCAAUCCGCAUUCAUACUAUUCUGCACAAACCCCAUUUCUACCAUGUGAGCAACAGUCUGACCCUCAGAGAGAAGAGGAAGCCUUGCCAAUGUUGACCUCUGACUACUCAAAUUGUGUCUACAGCACAUCUCCCACCUUCCCUCCAGGAAGGACUGAUUUGUCUGCUGGUGCAGUGUUGGAUACUUCAAAUGCAGGAGCUGCAGAAGAAACAUAUUCUGAGCCUUAUGACAUUUACUCACUCUCCGAACAUGUUUAUGAGGAAAUCCAAGAUGCUCCCUCAUUGGCUUACUGUGCAGAUGACAGAGCGGAGGACAGAGAGUCUCUCCAGAAAAGAAAGGAUAACCUUCGUUUGUUGGAGGGUCAGACAGGAAGUGAAGACUACCACCAGCAAGAGGCUGUUGGUUUCCGUCUGAGGCACUAUGAUGAACGCUCAGACGGGGAGUCUGACAGUCCAGAGAAGGAGGCUGAAUUUGCCCCUUACCCACGAGCUGACAGCUGUGAGCAGGAAGAGGACAUUGAUAGUCUUGUGACUGAGGUGAGAGAAGGCCCAAGACCUACAAUUCUUCAAUGUAUAACCGAGGACAUGAUUGCAGUUGAUAAUGAACUCGAGCAAGGUGAAGAACACCAAACUAAUUACCCAAGAGAUUCCGAUAAAAAUGUCAAAAUUGUCAACUUGGGGCAACAAGUCAAAACACAGACUUCAAGAUCAACUGAGCAAAUGACAAGUGUGAGAAACAGUCAGGAGACUGAUAUAUCUCUGGCAAUUAAGGACAUCAAAGAGGCCAUAGAGGAGGUGAAGACUAGAACAGUGAGAUCUCCUUACACUCCAGAUGAACCAAAGGAGCCUAUUUGGGUAAUGAGGCAAGACCUUGGCCACACCUCAGAGUGUGAUCAGCAAACAUCUUUUGGCGGGGAAUGCCCAGAUUCCGGCUCUCCUUCUCUUCCUGGUGCUGAAUCAGCGAGCAGACUUCUUCCACAGGAUGACUUUGAAUCAUCUCCCUCCAGUAAAGAGUCCAGAAGAAGUCUUGCAUCCUUUCCUACAUAUGUUGAAGUUCCAGGCCCCUGUGACCCAGAGGAUCUUAUUGAUGGAAUCAUCUUUGCAGCCAACUACUUGGGCUCUACUCAGCUGCUGUCAGUCAAGACGCCAACUAAGAAUAUUCGAAUGAUGCAAGCACAGGAAGCUGUCACCCGCAUUAAGACAGCUCAGAAAUUAGCCCAGAACAAGAAAAAGGCCCCAGAGGAAGAUGCCCAGCCCAUGACAGAGGUUGAUCUCUUCAUCUCUACUCAGAGAAUAAAAGUGCUCAAUGCAGAUUCACAGGAUACAAUGAUGGACCAUCCUCUGCGCACCAUCUCCUACAUUGCAGACAUAGGCAACAUUGUGGUUUUGAUGGCCAGGCGCCGAAUGCCUCGACAGGAUUCUCAAGAAAAUGUUGAUACCUCAGACCCAGAAGCAGAAAGCAAGUGCCAGUACAAGAUGAUAUGUCAUGUUUUUGAAUCCGACGAUGCCCAGCUCAUUGCUCAGUCCAUUGGGCAAGCCUUCAGUGUGGCUUACCAGGAAUUCUUGAGAGCCAAUGGCAUUAACCCAGAGGACCUGAGCCAAAAGGAAUACAGCGACCUUCUUGACACUCAGGACAUGUACAACGAUGACCUCAUCCAUUUUUCCAAGUCGGAAAACUGCAAAGAAGUGUUGAUAGAGAAAGCAAAAGGAGAGAUGCUUGGCGUGGUCAUUGUGGAGAGUGGGUGGGGCUCCAUCCUGCCCACAGUUAUUAUUGCCAACAUGAUGCAUGCUGGGCCGGCAGAGAGGUCAGGCAGACUAAACAUAGGUGAUCAGAUCAUGUCCAUUAGUGGUACCAGUCUGGUGGGCUUGCCACUGUCCACCUGUCAGAGUAUCAUCAAGGGUCUCAAAAAUCAGUCACGCAUAAAGAUGAACAUAGUGCGAUGUCCACCAGUGACCACUGUACUCAUCAGACGUCCAGACCUCCGCUACCAACUUGGCUUCAGUGUCCAGAAUGGCAUUAUAUGUAGUCUCAUGCGUGGUGGAAUUGCUGAAAGGGGUGGAGUGAGAGUUGGUCACCGCAUCAUUGAGAUCAACAGCCAGAGUGUGGUCGCCACACCCCAUGAAAAAAUUGUCCAACUCCUUUCCAAUGCUGUGGGAGAGAUCCACAUGAAGACGAUGCCUGCAGCCAUGUACCGCCUGCUAACGGCUCAGGAGCAGCCAGUUUACAUUUAAAUAAUUUACUCACAUCUGACCUCGCACCCUUUGAAUUUCCACCGUCUCUUCCUAAUCUGCCUCUCCACUCUGACCAGCACACAUCCAAGAACAUACUGUAAAUCAACCGGUGACGUACCAAAGUGAGUUUAAGUGUUUUCUGUUAAUUGGAAAACCAUAAUAUGUUAUCACAUGAACAUUUGCUUAAAAUGUUUGACUGGAUCAGUAAUCAGCACUUUACUGAAGUUUUUUUUUUUCCUGGAUCACUUUUCAGUUUGAGAAACAAUGUUUUUCCUUGAAUGUUCAUCCAGUACUAUCUGUUCUAUUGCUGCUGCUUUUUCACUGUCAGUAUGUAGUCAUUUGCUUUUUAUGUGCAUUUCGCAUGAAAAUGUAUUAGCUUAAUUUCACCAGACCAAUUAUCUGCUAAACUUGUAGCCACUAAUGCUGUUUUUGUUGUGUUCACGUGUGACAAAAACGCAACAAAACAUGCAUAGAUUCUCUUUUUAGCUGGGAUGUUGCAGGUCUUUGCACAACACAAUGAGAAUGUGAGGACUCGUCACAUUCCACAUGCUAGCGCUACUGUUCAAGAGUCACUGCUGUACCGUGUUCACUCCCCUAAGUUUACUUGUUCUGCUGAUGUGUGUGGAGCACAUUUUAAAGCUUUUACUCACGCCACAUGGCAUGGAAUGUUGACUCAAACCUUGUGCCUAGUUGCUCACCUUAUAUUAGAAACUUUAAAUAUGUAAACCCAUAAACAAUAUUUACUGUCAACAAACAUAUACAUACAUGGCAGAAAUAUCUCUCAUAGCUUCAAAAAAAAAAGGGGCAGUACAUCUGGUUAAGACAGUAAGGAAUCUUUCAACAGACUCAUAGCAGAUUCACAGUGACGGGCCUACUAUAUACAGUGGUAUGAAAAAGUGUCUGAACCUGAAAUAUCUCACAUUUCUGCAUAAAAUCACCAUCAAAUGUGAUCGGAUCUUUGUCAAAAUCACACAGAUGGUAAUACAGUGUCUGCUUUAACUAAAACCACCCAAAUAUUUAUAGGUUUACAUAUUUUAAUGAGGAUUUCAUGCAAACAAUGACUGAAGGGAGAAAAAUAAGUGAACCCUCUGCCUAAGGAGACUUAAAGAGCAAUUGAAACCAGUUUUUACCAAACAUUUUAAUUUUUAAGUCAGGUGUGUGCCCAAUCACUGAUGAGUGGUUUAAAGCUGCCCUGCCCCCUAUAAAACACACACCUGGUAAGAAACGUCUUAAUGAGAAGUAUUGUUUGAUGUAAAUCAUGGCUCGAGCAAAAGAGCUGUCUGAAGACCUGCAACCAAGGAUAGUUGAAAAGUCUCGAAAAGUCUGGAUUUUCAUCAAUCGACAGUCAGAGAACUGCAAAUGGAGAGAGUUUGGCACUGUUGCUUCUUUCCCAAGGAGUGGCCAUCCACCAAAGAUUAGCAAAGAAUACUCAGGUAAACCCGAACCCUAGAGUGUAUGCUAAGGACUUAAAGAAAUCUCUGGCUCAGUCCAAUAUCUCGGUGCACACAUCAACUUAAUGUAAAACUAUGGCCAAGAACAGUGUUCAUGGGAGAACUCCACGAAGGAAGCCACUCAUGUCUAAAAAAAAACAUUUUUGCUCAUUUGAUGUUUGCAAAAAGGCACUAGGACACGCCGCAGAAGUUUUGGCAAAAUAUUUUGUGGACCGAACCAAACCAAACCAAAUUGUUUGGGAGUAGCACACAACGUCACGUGUGGAGGAAAAAUGGAACAGCUCACCAACAUCAAUACCUCAUCCCCACUGUGAAGCAUGGUGGAGGGAGCAUCAUAAUUUCGGGCUGUUUAGGUGCCUCAGGGCCUGGACAACUUCCAAUAAUUAAUUGAAGAAUGAAUUCAAAAAAUUAUCAGGAUGUUUUGUAGGAAAACCUGAGGCCGUCUUUCAGACAGUUGAAGCUAAAAAGAGGAUGGAUGCUGCAACAAGACAAUGAUCCAAAACACAGAGGAAAUCAACUUCAGUAUGGUUUUAAAAGAACAAAAUAUAAGUUCUAGAAUUGGUCAAGUCAAAGUCCAGACUUAAACUCCAUUGUGAUGCUGUGGCAUGACCUAAAGACAGCAAUUCAUGCCAGACAUCCCAGAAAUCUGACUGAACUACAGCAGUUUUGUAGAGGAGAAUGGG